AUGGCCUCAGCUGCCGAGCUCCGCAAACUCGAGCUUGAGCUCAAGGAACGCGAGUCCCUCCUCCAGGCUCGCCAAGCCGAGCUCGAUCGCCGCCUCACCGAAGCCAACAAAGCCCCAGCCACCGCCCAAAAUCCCUCCUCCUAUGUAGCCUCCAUCAAGCCCAUUGUUGCCAUCACUCUCGAUCUUCACGACUCCAACUACAUGAAGUGGCGCGAGCUUGUCCUCGUCGCCCUUGGUCGCUACGGCUUCACCCAUCAUGUCACCGGCGAUACCGCCGCCUCUCCGUCCGACACUUCGCCCACCUCCGACUGGGCACGCGACGACUACACGGUCCUCUCCUGGAUCUACGGCUCGAUCUCCCCCGAGCUCUUCAGCAUCAUCAUGGCACCGGGAUCGACGGCGCGGCAGGUGUGGGACGCCAUCGCCACCCUCUUCCACUACAACAAAAAGAGACGCACCCUCGCCCUCGACGCGGAGUUCCGCAACACUCCGCAAGGCGACAUGUCCGUCCACGACUACUGCGCCAAACUGAAGUCCCUCGCCGACGCUUUGGGUGACGUUGGUGAGAAAGUCUCCGAUGAGACGCUCGUGCUGACCGUGCUCCAUGGUCUCAACGAACAGUUCAGCCACCUACGUUCGUUUCUGCAGUACCAGGUGCCGUUUCCCUCAUUUUUGCAGCUCCGCUCCGCACUCGUCCUCGAGGAAACACAGAAGAAGACCGACGCCAAGAACACCUCCACCACGGCCCUCUGGGCCAGUGGGAACAACAUCCUGCCCUACGGCGGGGGCGCACCGGCCCCACCGCAGCUACCGGUCUCCUCGGCCACCCGCGGCUCCUCCCCCAGCUUCUCCGAUCCCCGCCCCACUGCCAUCGCGCCCUACUCCAACCCUGGCCAUGGCGGUGGCUACGGAGGUCGUCGCGGACGAGGUGGGGGUCGUGGCCGCGGACGCGACAGCAACAAUCCCUGGAUGUUUAAUCCAUGGACCGGCCUCCCAACCAGAGCCGGACAGCAGCAGCACUCCUCUACACCAUGGCAGCAGCCCCCGUCCGCACCCUGGCAGCCUCGUUGGCGCACCCCUGCUCUUCUAGGGCCACGGCCUGCUGCUGCCUAUACUGCAUACGGUCACCCGCAACUCUUCACCGACCCGUGUCCCUACAAUGGCACGCCGCACCACAACUGGACCCGGCUUUGCUGA